AUGCUGUUGCUGGUUCUGGUAGCGGCAGUGGUGCUGCUUCCCAAUGAUGUCAUCUGUGGGACAUUGAAAGCAAAAUGCCCACUGAAAUUCAUCAAGGAUUUAAAUGAUCCAUGGAACUUUUACAGGCCAGGAGAUCUCCUCAUUGGCGGGAUCUUGACUCUAAAGUUUUCUUAUCUGUAUCCAUUUACCUUUAAGAAGCCUCCCCUUACCAGAACUGAAUAUUCUACAAACACACAAUAUGCAAUCAUCUUGUCCUUCCUGCUUGCCAUUCAGGAGAUCAAUCAGAAUCCCAGGAUCUUGCCCAACAUCUCUCUGGGCUACGACAUCUAUGAUAGCUAUUCGAAUGCAAGGCUGACUUAUGAUGGUGUGUUAGAUCUGCUUUUCAUGGGGAAAGAGAAUAUUCCAAACUACCAGUGUGGAGGUGAGAAGACCCUGUUGGCUGUACUUGACCGGGCUGAGUCUAAAAUCCCCAUCCAUGUUUCCAGUGUGCUGGGCAUCUACAAAAUCCCACUGAAAAACAAAAGGAUAAACUGGAACAUGACUAUGGCACAUGAUAUGCUGGAGUUUGGGGUGAAAUCAUUUUACUGUUUCUAUUCAAAGCCUUUGUUGUCUGUGAAAGGGCAACUCCACACUUUUCUAAGGAAGGUCCCUUUUUACAACAUUUCCAUGGGUGAAACAUAUUGGGGUGAUAAUGAGGAUGUCACAGUGGAUUUUGAUAUCUUGAAAUGGAUGGGAUUCCCCAAUAAGUCUAUUGUUGGAGUGAAAGUGGGGAGCGUAGAGCGACAGGCAUCCCCAGAGCUAAAGGUCACCAUGGACGAGAAUGCCAUUCUGUUCUCCAAGAGCUUAGACCAGCCCCUGCCCCGUUCCAGGUGUACUGAGAGCUGUCGGCCUGGAUAUGCCAAGAAGGCUCAGGAAGGGAAGCCAUUUUGCUGCUAUGACUGUGAUCCCUGCCCGGAAGGGACAAUCUCCACACAGGAAGAUGCAGAGCAUUGUGACAAAUGCCCUGAAGACCACCAUCCAAACAAGGACCGAACUCGAUGUGUCCCAAAGACCAUAACCUUCCUAUCCUAUGAAGAGCCUUUGGGGAUCAGCUUAUCUGUCUUUCCUCUGUUCUUGUCCCUAAUCACCGGUUUGGUUUUAGGAGUCUUCAUUAAAUUCCUAGAUACCCCCAUAGUCAAAGCCAACAACCGGGACCUCACCUACAUUCUCCUCAUCUCCCUCCUGCUUUCCUUUCUGUCCUGCUUUCUAUUCAUCGGCCAGCCAAGGAGGGUGACCUGCCUUCUCCGACAAACUGCCUUCAGUAUCAUCUUCUCGGUUGCCGUCUCUUCUGUGUUGGCCAAAACCAUCACUGUGGUGGUGGCCUUCAUGGCCACCAGGCCAGGAAACAUGAUGAGGAAAUGGCUGGGGAAGAGUCUGGCCAACUCCAUUGUCAUUUCUUGCUCUGCUGUCCAAGCUGUCUUCUGUGCCCUCUGGCUGGGCUUCUCUCCCCCUUUCCCAGAGUCUGACAUGCACUCUCAGCCUGCACACAUCAUCCUACAAUGCAAUGAAGGGUCUGUUGCCAUGUUUUAUGGUGCCCUGGGCUACAUGGGCUUCCUGGCUGCCAUCUCUUUCACAGUGGCCUUCCUAGCCAGGAAGCUGCCUGGGGCCUUCAAUGAAACCAAGCUGAUCACCUUCAGCAUGCUGGUCUUUUGCAGUGUCUGGGUGUCCUUUGUGCCCACCUACCUGAGCACGAAGGGGAAAUACAUGGUGGCCGUGCAGAUCUUCUCCAUCCUGGCCUCCAGUGCUGGCUUGCUGGGUUGCAUCUUCCUUCCCAAAUGCUACAUUAUUAUAAUUCGGCCUAAUCUUAAUACCAAGGAGCAUCUAAUGAGAAAAGUGAACCACUUGCAUUGA